AUGCCUAAGAUAUUUUGUUUAGCUGAUGUGUGUAUGGUCCCUAUUGGGACCGAUUCUGCUAGUAUAUCUGAUUUUGUUGCACUGAUUCAAAAAAAAAUCAGAGAAAGCCCAUUGAAGAGUACUUUACACAGCGCUGGUACAACAAUUGAGGGACCUUGGGAUGAAGUGAUGGGUUUGAUUGGCGAAAUUCAUGAAUACGGUCAUGAAAAAGGGUAUGUUAGAGUGCACACUGACAUUCGUGUUGGGACUAGAACUGAUAAGCAUCAAACUGCCCAAGAUAAGAUUGAUAUCGUUCUAAAAAAAAUAGCUAAAUGA